AUGACUCUGACAUUUAUACCUACUGAUCAAUUACCGUUGAUUAAUCCAUUUCUAAUUACAAUAUGUCCUGGGAUCUCACCUCAAUUGGAAAGUAAUACUCAUUUCAGUCUUAAAGAUGAACAUUUCAAUAAUGGUGAACUUUCGAUUAAUUGGCCCUUAAACGCCUCAAAUACAACAGCAAGAUUAGAAGAUACUUAUUUGAACAUUGCAAGACCUCCAGUAUCAAUCAAUUCAAAUGAAUCAACUACUUAUGUAUCAUUACCUUAUCAUAUCACCAAUCUCUUCAAAAAAGUGGUUAAAAGUAAAGAUAAACAAAUGGAAGGCAAUAUUCAUAUUGGUGCUAAUGUAAAUCCUUUAUCUCAUGAUCCAUUUAAAAUAAUUAAUUUAAAUCCUGGUUGUUUAACUAAUAUUCUUGAUCUUAAUUUACUCAAUUCAGAUUCAAUGAAAUUAAGUUAUUCAAAUAAUAAUAAUAGUAAUAGUAAUCAAGAUUUAACUUCAAAAAAUCCCUUUAAUAAAUUAGCUACCAAUUUUAAUCGACUAUUAAAAAUUACUUCAAGUGGUAAUUCAACCAAUAACUCAAAUAAUAUAAUAGAUCCAUAUAAUGAAUUCCAAAGUUUAUUAAAUGUUAUAGAAAAUCAAAAAUCAUCUACUAAUACUACUAAUGGUGGUAAUAAUAAUAAUUCUCAUCUUAUUCAUAACAUACUUGAAUAUAAUCCUCAGAAUUAUUUAGGUGAAUUAAAAUCUCAAACCACAUCAAAAUUAUUGAUUUCAACCAAUGUUAAUGUAUUAAAUGUAAUUGCUAUUGAUACAAAUGCUAAUUAUAAAUUCACAAAAUCAAUCACAACCCAUAAACCAAUAAUACCAUUCCCUGAAGAACAACAACAACAACAACAACAACAACUGCCAAGUUCAAAUGGUAAUUCAAAUUCAAAUAAACCCACUGAGUUUGUAAAAGUCGUGGAGGAAUCAUUAUUAAGAAUUCAAUUUCGUCCCAAUUCAAUCAUAACAUCUCUUAAAUCAGUUAUUAGUAAAUCUAGAGAACCUUUGAUAGUUCUUGGAUUUGAUACGGGUGAAAUCAUAAUCCUUAAUUUAAUUCAAUUAAAUUAUCAAAUCUUUGAUGAUUUAGGAUACAACACUCAAAAAGGUUCUUCUGAUUCAUCAUCUAUUCAUUCAAGAGCUUCUAAUGGAGUUGGUAAUGGUAAUUUAAACUAUUCUACCAGUUUCAACAACGUGGCUGUUACUACGAUUGAAUUAAUUCAUCAUCAUAAUUUUGAAAUGUUGAUUUUAGCAGGUUAUGCUAAUGGUGAAGUUUUGAUUAUUGAUCCUUUUGCUCCAAAGCAAACUGCAGAAAAUAAAGAUAAAAAAUCAUCAACAGCGUCUACUUAUUCAGAUAAUUCCACAAAUGCUUUGAAAUAUAAUAAACGUAUAGUUGGGAAGGAUUCCUUUAUUACUUACUUUAAAAAAUUUGAUUUAAGUCCAUUCACCAAGAACAAAUCGUUAGUAAAUGCCCAAGAAGAUCAUUAUACUCCUAAUUACUUAAUUGGUCAUUUCAAAUUAAGUUUAAAACCAAUUACAAGUAUAACUUCCACAUUAUUAUACUCCACUUAUGUCGCAUCUGAUGAAUUUACUCAUAAAUUUGAUAAUCAACCUAUGAUUAUUGCCAUUGGAGGUGAUGAUGGUAUCAUUAGAUUCAUCGAUCUUAUCUUUACCUAUAAUAGAAAUUAUGGUAUAAGUAAUCCUGAUGUUAAGACCAAUAGCUCAAUAUUAACCGAUUUAUUAUCAAAUUAUUUCAAUGAUGGUAUUACUGAUGUUGAAUUUUCACCUGACUUUAGAUUUAUUUGUGUGGUUGGAAAAGGUGAUUUAAUUGAAAUUUUUAAAAUGAGUUAUUAUAAUGUCAAUGGAUUAUUAAGUAAAAAUUCAAGUAAUAAUUAUAAUACUGCCAGUACUGAUAAUAUUGGAGGUGGUGGUUCAAUUAAUAUUACUGCAGGCAGAAGAUCAAGAAGUGGAACUGUGAAUAGUGUUGGAAGUAAUAAUCCUCAGCUGGGACCUAGUGGUUCACAAUUAUUUCUAUCACCCAUCAGUACAGCUCCUUCUAAUAGUUAUGAUGCAACUCGAAAUGAUCAUAAUGGUACUCCACGUUUAUCAAAUUAUCAAGCAAAGGAAUUAUAUCCUCCUUUAAUCAAGGAAGUUAAAAUCGUGGGAAGAUUUAAAGGCCAUACCAAUACUAUCAGAUCGAUAAAAUUCCUUGAAGUUGAAGAUGAUGAAUUAGAAAGAUCAGGUUCAAACAAUGUAACUUAUAAAUUGGUUAGUUGUGGAUUUGAUGGAAAGGUUAUUAUUUGGGAAUUUGAUUAUAAGGCAUUGCCUAAAGUCAAAAAGUUGGCUACUCCAGCACCAGCUAAAAAGGAACAAGAUAAAGAUCAUAAAAAAAAAUCUGCUGAUCAACUCGAAAUAGUUACUUCACUUUAUAAAUCAUUAUUUGAUUUAAGAUUAAAGAGACAUUAUAGACAAUAUUUGAAAAAGGGAGUCCCAUUGAAAUUCAAUGCGGUUAUUCCACCUAUUGUCAAUGAUAAGUUAGUUCCUUCUAUACGAGUACCUUUAUUAAGUUUAGAUUUAUCAAGUUUUAUCCAUGAUGGUAAGAUUGAUGGCUUCUAUUUAGAUCUGUAUAAUUUUUGGAUUUUUGGAAAAUCGGGAGAUAUUUUCAAGUAUACCUUAAAAUGA